GCCAGUAGAAUUCGUUACUACCGAGGAUGCGCUCUCCGGGAGCUGGUACUUUUUGGGCGAAGCGCCCUAAUAACGAGCGAAAAAAACAGACGUUUGCAGCCGCCACCUUUCAACCGACGUGGUUAACAUCCGGAACGAUGUAGGAGACUCCAACGGAAGCCUUCGUCUUUUGUUCCAUAUUUCUUCCAUUUAGGCAGGACUCCACCAGCAGACUGAAGGCCUUGGGUUGGAGGAACUAUCGAUGACGAGAUAGAGUCAACAGAAAAUGUCCACCGUGGUUAAAAUUGGUUUAUAAGUCACAUUUACUCAGAGUUGAGCGGAGAUUUGUCUUUCCUCCUCGCCGUGUGACCAUGCGAAGAAUUCGGCUCUUCGUAGAGGAAUGUUCCGCUCGCUGGAGUUAGCUUCAUGGCCAACAGUAACAACAUGCUAGUGGCCUCCGCCGUGGUGGUGUGGGAAUGGCUGAACGAACACGGGCGGUGGCGACCCUACAGCUCCGUCGUCUCCCAUCAAAUCGAGGCGGCCAUUCGGAGCGGAGACAUCCGCGCGGGGAGCGUCAUUCUCGGCCAGGUGGAGAGUCGACUCUCGCCCUACAUCAUCGACCUCCAGUCCAUGCACCAGUUCAGACAAGACACAGGCACUAUUCGUCCGGUGAGGAGGUGUUUUUAUGACCCGGCCUCAGCCCCAGGACAGGGCUGGCAGUGGGAGUGGGAAAACGAUGCCGGUUCAUGGACACCCUAUGAUACAGAGGUGGCCAUCGCCAUCGAGAACGCUCAUAGCCGCCAGCAACCCUGCCUUGACCUGACACCUCUUGGUUUUUGCUACCUCAUUGAUUUGCAGAAUAUGACACAGGUCAAUAGACAGAGCCAAAAGUGUCGAAGGAUUCAGCGACGGGUUGACAUGGUCUACCCGCUCGUGUCUGGACCUCUCCCAUUUCCAAAAGGGGGGAGUGUAGGUGGAGGAGGGCUAACGGGUGCCCUGCUCGGUGUCGGAGUAUCAGGGGCCAGCAUGGGAACUGUAAGCUCUGUUUACCCGAACGGGGGCAUUAUGACAACUGGACUGGGCCAGCCUUGUUCCUGCCAGCAAUGCAUGCUCGUAUUUAGUGUCAAAACAAACACGGGGGGGACAGGAGCAGGGAUACAAACUCUCGGUAGACGCUCAUUAACCAUGCAGCGGCCCAAGCACUUGGCAUCCACCUUCAAACCCCUGAAUCCAUCAAAAUCAGCCACUCUUGGCAGAGGACAGCACCAGAAGUCCAACACUUACCAAACGCUGCCACACGGCCUUGCCAUCUCUAGAAACACUGCGUCUCCAAGAAGGAAUUCCCAGCUGUUUGCCCAGUCCCUAGCUGCCCUCACAGCAGGGACUUCCACGCUGGGUAUCUCCUCAUCUUCAAAUAGGCCGCCUCCUCCGUCCCUCCCACCACCUCAGCCGCCAUCAUCCAACAUGACUGUUAACCCUUUGUCCAUUCCAACCAAGCAUUCCUCAUCUUCAGCUAAUGAUUCAGUGCCAACUGCCACAUUAAUUACUCCAGCCAGCGGUGUGACCACUCCCCCAUCCCCUGUGCCAUCUCCGUCGCCGUUGGUGAUGAAGCCGCAACGUGCACCAUCUGCAGCUAAAGUGUGCCAUGCCCCGCUACCACAGAGAUCAAGUUUAGCUGGGCUGAGUCGACCUGCAUUGCAAAGGAUCGCCAUGGCCCAGUCAAGAGCACUGAUAGCAUCAGGUGUUCCCACUGUGCCCGUGAAGAACCUCAAUGGAUCAAGUCCUGUUCACCCUGCGUUGGCCGGAAUCACCGGCAUCCUGAUGAGUGCUGCUGCUCUGCCUGUGUGUCUUACCAGGCCGCCUAAACUGGUACUGCACCCUCCACCUGUCAGCAAAAGUGAAAUUAAACCAGUGCCAGGCUUUGGCCACUGUUGCAGAAAGACCACCAAGAAGCAGGCUCGUAAGGGUAAAACUCCAGAGGAGGUGGUUAAAAAGUACCUGCAAAAAGUAAAGAAUCCACCAGACGAGGAUUGCACCAUAUGUAUGGAACCCUUAGGGGGUCCAUCUGGAUACAAAGGUCCAGGUGUGGGACCCGUUUCCAGGGCAGAGUCUGUUGGGCGUCUUGCACAGUGUGGACACCAAUACCAUUUCCAGUGUCUGGUGGCCAUGUAUAAUAAUGGAAACAAGGACGGCAGUCUUCAGUGUCCCACUUGUAAAACCAUAUAUGGUGUAAAGACUGGUAGCCAACCAGCAGGGAAAAUGGAGUACCACGUCAUCCCUCACUCACUACCAGGUCACCCGGACUGCAAAACUGUACGCAUCAUCUAUAACAUCCCGCCAGGCAUUCAGGGACCAGAGCAUCCGAAUACAGGGAAGCCCUUCACUGCCAGAGGCUUCCCAAGACACUGCUACCUCCCAGACAGUGAGAGGGGACGUAAGGUACUGAGAUUGCUUCUGGUAGCUUGGGACCGCAGGUUGAUCUUUUCAGUCGGGACUUCAAGCACCACAGGAGAGUCUGACACUGUCAUAUGGAACGAGGUCCACCACAAAACAGAGUUUGGCUCCAACCUGACAGGUCAUGGCUUCCCCGACCCUGGGCACCUAGACAAUGUUCUGGACGAGCUCCGUGCUCAGGGCAUCACAGAGGACGAUGGAUUGACAGAAAAGUGAACAGAAGAGGAAGACCAGCAGAUGUGAGGCUAGUAAUGAUGCAAAAGAGUAGAGGAUAAUGAAAAAGAAAGGGGAAGAGAAUUUAUAGAAAUUAUAGAAGCAAAAAGUGACCGAGACCACCUGCCCGAAUUUAAAGGGUGCUGGAGAACAUUUGUUUUUUUAAAUUAACCACUUUUUUAAACUUUUUAUUUAGUUAAUAGUGGUUUGCCUGUCAUUCCAAUCCUGUAUAGUUUUUUUGGGUGUAAUCUUUAGAAUUUGAAGUUUCAAUGAAGAAAUGAGUGUCAAUCAAAGGACGCCACUAAAAACAAAACAAAAAAUACAGCAUGAGGAAGGAGGGCACACUCUGUUUUGGCUGCUGCGCAACAAGGUACUAACUUUACACACAGGUAUGUGAGACUGAAACGGUACCAAUAAUAACAAUAAAUACAAGUUUACUUUACUGAGUGAAAGGAGAAGAUUGUAAAUGGCUUAUCCAAAAUUGGGCGAGAGAAAGGAUCAAGAGAGCGAUUUCUUCAGUAGGGGAGGGAACUGUAGAAAUAAUGUGGCAGUCAGAGAGAGAGAGAGAAGGUUUGUGAAUGUAGUGUAGGAUAGGAGCUGAGUAGAACUAACUUGUAUGCUACUUUUUCAGGUGCUAUCACCACAAACUCAUGAUGAACCUUGGUACUUUUUUUUGUAAUAUUUCUUCUUCUAUUGGUUUUCAUGUCGGGCUACAUCCAGCCUCUAAGCAAAUGAAAACUGUUUUAUUUCUUGUCACUGUAAUCCUCGUUCAACACUGUUAUGUAACUUUUAUUCACAUUUUUAUGGUCUAAUGUCACACAGUGGAGCCUGUAGGAGUAAAUAAGUCCAAGGAACAUGUAUUUGCAUACAUGUGAUUGUUUUGAAACAAGGUUUACAUGGUCUUAAGACAUCACAUGUACAAUUCUGGACAAAAUACUAAAACUGGGGCAGGGGACAAUAGGUAUUCAGGUUUUGCGCUUGUGGAAGGUAAACCGUAGUGAUGGGUGAAACGAUACAGAAGCCCUAGGGGUGAUACAGUGUCCCUUGAUACCUCGGUGUGUGUGUGUCACUUUAAAAAUCAUAUGGCCGAUGCAGCUGCUGUGUCAUUUGACUGCAAAAGCGCCAGACUGUUUCUCAGAAGGCGCUUUUACUGUUACCAAUCAAAAUGGAACUGAGAAAAGUUCAGAAAAGUGCCAUAAUUUUACUUUUACAAAGCCAAAUAAGGUCAAUGUUCUUCUUUUCCGGUUUACUAUUUGGCUCAUUGACCAGAGUUGCACAUUUCAUAUUCCUUUCUGCACAGCUAUUCAUUUAAAAAUAUACAUAUUAUAAUUGCUAACUAUUCAUUUUAUUUGCAUUUCAAAUGUAGUGACUUUUUUUUUAAUCCAGCAGAUGGCGCUAUCACAGUAUUAGGGCAUUGUCAAUACAACCAGUGUAUGCCAACGACAUUUACUAGUACUAAUAACCAGAUUGUAAGUAAAGCAUUAAAAUGCAAAAACAAGGAACAGAAGAUAGUAAAAAUAAAUGAAAAAAAUCUAUGGAAAAAAAGUCAAAAGUUUAGAUCUGGCUGUCAUGUCAAUUUCUUUUAAAUACUCUAAUGACCCCCCGAUGCAAAAGUGAAAAAUAUUGUUGAACCCCACAAGCUUGCUGCCGUUGUUGAAAGAUGUAAGAGUGGAAAAAAACAACUAAAUAUUACCUCAAAGUCGGAGGAUAAAGACACGGGCCGAUCUUUGACUCAAAUUAAGGCCCUUUAGCCUUUACGGGUGCUGACUUCCGGCCAAUAAUAAUGACAUCACACACUAAAAUAUGAAAACAAUAUUAAGACACUGUGAUGGUAAAUAUUUCUGACAUAAAAAAUGUGAGUGGACAUCAUACUGCAUUCUAUAAAUGAUUUAAAACUUGUGAGCGUGAAAGGUUUUAAACUGGAAAAAAAAAAAUACAAAACAUGUUUGUGUCUUUUAGGCUGAAUCCCAAUUCUCCCUUUAACUUUCCCUCCUUUGUUUCACUGCCAGCCCUCGUUUCUUGAAAUCAAGCCAAGGCUUAGCGGUGGAAAACACGCUCUAAGAAAUUAGACGCUGUUCAUUUCUCGAUACGUCGUCACCUCUAGCCGCUUGGUGGCUGUUAUUAUUAUUAUUAGACUGAUAAAAACGAAUGUCACGGUAUUCAGAAGCUACAAUAUGUUUGUUGCAGUCGUACCCCCUUUAUUGCUGUUGGUUGUUUCCUGACCCGCUGGUGCUAUGUCAAUUUACUCUAAUAAUUACAACAAUGGGUUAGCUUUAAAUGUGUUUUUUUUAAUUAUUCAUUUAGUCCACACAGAUUAUGGUGGUGGUAAGAUACAGUUGUAGCCACAACUUCCCUGUAAGACUGACAAAGUAAGCAAAAAGUAAGAAUUAUUAUUAACAUUUUUUAACAUUAUUUAAAACCUCUAGAAAUGAAAUAACACCCUUAUGAUCACCGUUAUGUUUACGUUGUUUACCCAGUACAGUAGCCAUAAUAGAAAAUAAGACACAUACUGUACUGUAAUACAUAUAAGACAUAAGAUACUGUACAGUCAUAUAGAUUCUCUCACACCCAGUUCUUAAGCACAACCACGAAAACGGUGAAAUGACUGCCAUCUGUUUGAUUAGGAUCUGCAGUGCAUACAGGCCAGUAUCUAAGAUUUUUAUUUUAAAGGCCUACUGAAAUGAAUUUUUUUUAUUUAAACGGGGAUAGCAGAUCCAUUCUAUGUGUCAUACUUGAUCAUUUCGCGAUAUUGCCAUAUUUUUGCUGAAAGGAUUUAGUAUAGAACAACGACGAUAAAGUUCGCAACUUUUGGUCGCUGAUAAAAAAAAGCCUUGCCUGUACCGGGAGUAGCGUGACGUCACAAGUUGAAAGUCUCCUCACAUUUCCCCAUUGUUUACACCAGCAGCGAGAGCGAUUGGGACCGAGAAAGCGACGAUUACCCCAUUAAUUUGAGCCAGGAUGAAAGAUUCGUGGAUGAGGAACGUGAGAGUGAAGUAUUAGAGUGCAGUGCAGGACACAUCUUUUUUCGCUCUGACCGUAACUUAGGUACAAGGGCUCAUUGUAUUCCACACUCUCUCCUUUUUCUAUUGUGGAUCAUGGAUUUGUAUUUUAAAACACCUCGGAUACUAUAUCCUCUUGAAAAUGAGAGUCGAGAACGCGAAAUGGACAUUCACAGUGACUUUUUUCUCCCCGACAAUACAUCGGUGAAGCACUUUAGCUACGGAGCUAACGUGAUAGCAUCGGGCUUACUCAGUGGCCUAGUGGUUAGAGUGUCCGUCCUGAGAUCGGUAGGUUGGGAGUUCAAAUCCCGGCCGAGUCAUACCAAAGACUAUAAAAAUGGGACCCAUUACCUCCCUGCUUGGCACUCAGCAUCAAGGGUUGGAAUUGGGGGUUAAAUCACCAAAAUGAUUCCCGGGCGCAGCCACCGCUGCUGCCCACUGCUCCCCUCACCUCCCAGGGGGUGAUCAAGGGUGAUGGGUCAAAUGCAGAGAAUAAUUUCGCCACACCUAGUGUGUGUGUGACAAUCAUUGGUACUUUAACUUUAACUUUAACUUUAACUGCAGAUAAAAACAAAAGAAAUAAACCCCUGACUGGAAGGAUAGACAGAAAAUCAACAAUACUAUUUAACCAUGGACCUGUAACUACACGGUUAAUGCUUUCCAGCCUGGCGAAGCUUAACAAUGCUGUUGCUAACGACGCCAUUGAAUCUAACUUAGCUAUGGACCUCGACAGAGCUAUGAUAAAAACAUUAGCUCUCCACCUACGCCAACCCUCAUCUGCUCAUCAACACCGAAGCUCACCUGCGUUCCAGCGAUCGACGGAGCGACGAAGGACUUCACCCGAUCAUCGAUGCGGUCGGCGGCUAGCUUCGGAUAGCGCGUCUGCUCUCCAAGUCAAAGUCCUCCUGGUUGUGUUGCUGUAGCCAGACGCUAAUACACCGAUCGCAUCUACAGCUUUCUUCUUUGCAGUCUCCAUUGUUCAUUAAACAAAUUGCAAAAGAUUCACCAACACAGAUGUCCAGAAUACUGUGGAAUUUUGCGAUGAAAACUGAGCUUUUUGUAUUGGAUACAAUGGCGUCCCAAUACUUCGGUUUCAACCAUCGACGUCACGCGCAUACGUCAUCAUACCGAGACGUUUUCAACCGGAAGUUUCGCAGGAAAUUUAAAAUUGCACUUUAUAAGUUAACCCGGCCGUAUUGGCAUGUGUUGCAAUGUUAAGAUUUCAUCAUUGAUAUAUAAACUAUCAGACUGCGUGGUCGGUAAUAGUGGGUUUCAGUAGGCCUUUAAGUUAAUUUAGGCUUAUUUAUCCUUGAACAUUUUUAAAUAUGCACAUUUUUGACUGAUACGCGGCAAUAGUUAAACGCAAAAUAGCGAGGAAUCGUGAUAGGAUUUUCUUAAUAAACAUACAGCACAGGCCAAAAGUUUGGACACACCUUCUCAUUCAAUGCCUUUUCUUUAAUUUCAUGACUAUUUACAUUGUAGAUUGUCAAUGAAGGCAUCAAAACUAUGAGUGAACACAUGUGGAGUUAUGUAACAAAAAAAUAUGAAAUAACUGAAAACAUGUUUUAUAUUCUAGUUUCUUCAAAAUAGCCACCCUUUGCUCUGAUUAUUGCUCUGCACACUCUUGGCAUUCUCUUGAUGAGCUUCAAGAGGUAGUCACCUGAAAUGGUUUUCACUUCACAGGUGUCACAGUUUUGAUGCCUUCAGUGACAAUCUAAAAAAUAAAGAAGAAAACGCAUUGAAAUGAGAAGGUGUGUCCAAACUAUUUUUAGUACAAAUCAUCCGUAAAAUUAAACUCAAAUUUGAUUUUAAAAAGUAUAAAAAAUUGUACCACAUAAAUAAAAAGGUUGUAUUAUUUGUCAUUAUUACAAGUGAGACUCUGCACGUGUCUGAGUGAGAAUCUCCUCACUCAUCUUUACACUGAUGUAUUCACUGACCUGAUCACCAUAUGUAUAACAACACUUUUCAGCUAAUCAUCCACAGUUAGGGUAAAGGAGCACAUAAAUUGCGUAAUUAAUCUGCAUAUAUACAGUACAGGCCAAAGUUUGGACACACCUUUGUAUUUCUUUAUUUUCAUGACUAUUUACAUUGUAGAUUGUCACUGAAGGCAUCAAAACUAUGAAAUGUGGAGUUAUGUACUUAACAAAAAAAAGGUGAAAUAACUGAAAACAUGUUUUAUAUUCUAGUUUCUUCAAAAUAGCCACCAUUUGCUCUGAUUACUUUUUCGCACACUCUUGGCAUUCUCUAGACGAGCUUCAAGAGGUAGUCACCUGAAAUGGUUUUCACUUCACAUGUGUGCUUGACGCUCAUCGAAAGAAUGCCAAGGGUGUGCAAAGCAGUAAUCAGAGCAAAGGGUGGCUAUUUUGAAGAAAUUAAAAUAUAAAACACAUUUUCAGUUAUUUCACCUUUUUUUGUUAAGUACAUAACUCCACACGUGUUCAUUCAUAGUUUUGAUGCCUUCAGUGACAAUCUAAAAUGUAAAUAUAGAGGAGAAGGUGUUUCCAAACUUUUGGCCUGUACUGUAUUUGGAAAAACCGUGAUGGAGUGAAAAGGCGCGAAGUGACGAGAGAUGACUAUUUGCGUUGGGUCGUCGAAACGAGCAAUUUUUUUUUAAAUAAAUAAAACAAAUUAAGGAAGUAGAUUAGCACUCUAAUCAUUUAUGACAUAUAAUCAACUCUGGCUAAGUCUGUUUGCUGCCAAUCAAACACUGUAGCUACAGCCAACAUUCUAAACGUGGAUAAUGUAAGUUCUGAAAGUAAAUUAGGUGUCUAAUCAUUCAUGAAAUAGUAAACUGGAGUGAAGUCUGGUGCUUGUCUGAUAGCAUUGUAAGUAGAGAUGUUCGAUAAUAUCGGACUGCUGACAUUAUCGGCCGAUAAAUGGUAUAAAAUGUAAUAUCGGAAAUUAUCGGUAUCGGUUUCAAAAAGUAACAUUUAUGACUGUAUAAAACGCCGCUGUGUACACGGACGCAGGGAGAAGUACAGAGCGCCAAUAAACCUUAAAGGCACUGCCUUUGCGUGCCGGCCCAGUCACAUAAUAUCUACGGCUUUUCACACACACAAGUGAAUGCCAAGCAUACUUGGUCAACAGCCAUACAGGUCACACUGAAGGUGGCCGUAUAAACAACUUUAACACUGUUACAAAUAUGCGCCACACUGUGAACCCACACCAAACAAGAAUGACAAACACAUUUCGGGAGAACAUCCACACCGUAACACAACAUAAACACAACAGAACAAAUACCCAGAACCCCUUGCAGCACUGACUCUUCCCACCUCAACCUCCUCAUGCUCUCUCACGGAGAGCAUGUCCCAAAUUCCAAGCUGCUGUUUUGAGGCAUGUUAAAAAAAAAAAAUGCACUUUGUGACUUCAAUAAUAAAUAUGGCAGUGCCAUGUAGGCAUUUUUGGAAAACCUUGUUACAUUGUUUAAUGCAUCCAGCGGGGCAUCACAACAAAAUUAGGCAUAAUAAUGUGUUCAUUCCACGACUGUAUAUAUCGGUAUCGGUUGAUAUCGGAAUCGGUAAUUAAGAUAUCGGCAAAAAAGCCAUUAUCGGACAUCUCUAAUUGUAAGCUUUAAAAACAACGUUCAAAACAUGGCAGUAUUUACUUGGAGGAGCAAAUAAUUGAAUACUUAAUAAGACACGUCCAUAUUCCAUUUUAUAAUGUUACAUUUACACACUUUUUGCCAUUUUGUCAGCCAUGUUGUGAUGGGAACUUAAAACAACACUUGGUUGCAAGUGUGUUUGGGACCACUCUUUGUUUGGAGGAUUAUACACCCCUUGACAUUUAGCCCUUCCCCUAGGGAAUUGGGACACCCCUUGCUCGACGAAAAGGGGAAGAAGUGGGAUUCAGCCUAAGAAAAUUCGAAAUUGGGAAUUUCUCCACUCUUUUUGUGUCAUCUGAUGAUAAUAAUAUGAUCAUUAUGAUCAAUUAUGAUCAUUUUGUCCUCAAUCUCAUGGCGAUAUUGGAGACUGAGCUUUUUGUUUGAAACGCUCCUUGUCGUCUUCAUCUAUUUCUCUAGCAAGUGAAUGGAUCUUUAUCUUAAGUUAAAGUUAAGUUAAACUUUAUCUUUGUUUUUAGCUGAUGUGUGUAUGAUGAGUGUGGCCAGAGAAAUGUGUAUACUCUCCACACACUCCAAGUAAAGAGUAUUAGGUACUGUACUUCUAGAUUUUCUGCACUAACAACAUAAUUGGGAAAUGUGUAUAAUAGUGGAACAACACUCUAAUGUCAACCAACCACUCAAGUCAUAGUCUUGUUAUUGUUACUAAAAAAGUGCCCGCUUAAGCCGAUGUCUUGCAAAAGUAUUCACCCCUUUAGAGGUUUCGGCCUUUUAUUGCUUAAUAUUUGUGCGAGGCGCUGUACAAAUUUGGGAACCAAAAUGUGUACGUGUAAAAGCUUUAUUGUCAUUGCAGAUGUAAAAAAAAUUACAACAAAUUCGCCACAGCGCCUUUUGAGAUAAGAGUAUAAAAUACAUGAAAAUAGAAGAAUCAAAGUAAAGUUAGAAAAGCACAGAGAGAGUGCAGACCUCUGCCAAGCCCUACCUUCCAAUUGUUAAAAAAAAAAAAAAAAAAAAAAAAAAAAGGUUGGGGGUUUCGGAUCAGCCCCAAAAUGUAAUCACUUAUUCCUUA